AUGCCCUGCUACAAAGCAUCUGCAGCACUUGAAAACAUCCUCUGCGGGAGAUUGGGAACAUCAGGUCUCCUCAUUUCAGUCUACCCGUUCAUAAGAGCAUGGUUCAACUUCCAUCACAUACUGCCCAAUAUAGGCAACUUCAGAGUGCACCCCAUGGCUACAAAUUCAAAUCCAGCCGCUGAACAGCCUGCAGCUACACUCACACGAGAGGGGACUCAAAGCCAACUUAACGUAGAGCGUUCGAAGAGCCGGAUGGGGACAUUUGUGGAGACAGCAGCUCCUACAGCAGCCGAGGGCUCACAGGAUGAUGGCCCUUCUGCAGAUGUUCCAGAUAUCUUGGGAAGGCGAAAGUUUAAGUCACCACCUUCUGAUCAAGACCCUUUAUAACGGCGGGAUCCAACAGAGUCUUAUUAAAGAGCAAACAGUAUUCAUUUCACAAUAAGCAAGGCUGAUCUCUGCUUAUCCUAUCCGAUUUCACUCGGUCAGACAAGUUGUCUGCACUAAUACUAAAAUAAUGUUUGAUGAAAACAAAGAGCAAGCUGAACAUCACACUGAACGACAAUGAAGUCAAGAACAGCCAUGUGCUUAAAAGGAAUGUUCACCCAAGAAAUGAAAAUUGUGUCAUCAUGUGCUCACUCUCAUGUCAUUCCAAACCUGUAUGCCUUUCUUUCUUCUGUGGAAAAUAAAAGAAGAUAAUGGAAAGAAUGUUUGAGCUGUUUCUGUCCAAACCAUGAAAGUCAAUGAAUUCCAAAACAAUACUGGACGUUAUUUUUCAAAAAUGUUAUUUUCAGAAUCAUAAUCUACUAUCAUUUGCCCUCA